UCUACCAUUUUUAAGCAGACAUUUCUUUAUAAUCGUGCCCGUACAGUACUAAUUUUUAUAGAUAAUAUGAAUAAUAUAUUUACAUGUUCGAUGAGAAUCAGAAUUUAACAAAUAUAUUAUUAUCGAACUUCCUUAGUGAUGAAAAAUCGGAAAACCAGAUGUCUGUUAACAACUACGAACUAAUAAGCAUUCUCGACAAAGAUAAAGAAAGGAGUCCAAAAUGUUUCAAAGUGAAAAAUAAAGAAAAUGGUGAAUUUUUUGCAUGGAAUAUCAUAGAUCCACAACAGUUUUCAAAACAACAAAUUGCUGCAUUAGAAGAAACUUUUCAAAUAAGAAAAUAUCAAAAACAUCCAAAUUUAUUAGGUUUUUAUGAUUUAUUUCAAGAAACAGAUACAGAAUUAUAUUAUUUAGUCCUUGAAUACUGUAGACAUGGGUCACUAAAAGAUCUUAUAGAUGUUGCUUUGAGAGAUGUUUCACGUAUAUGUGAAGAAUUUUUAUGUAAAAUAAUUUAUCAAAUAGCUCUGGUUGUUAAGACAAUUCCAUUCGUAACUAACAUUGAUAUAAAAAAUAUUUUUUUCGAUGAAAACUACAAUGUUAAACUAGUUAAUUUCGAUUUUGAUUGCAAGAGAACAAAGAGCAAAGGUCAAAAGUUAAGUUCAUUAGGAGUUUUAAUUUAUGAGAUAUGCACAUUUAUUAAAUUUAAAAAAAGCAGUUUUGAAAAAGAAUUGAAAAAUUGUGGUAAUUUAUAUUCUAAGGGUUUUUUACUAUUUAUCAACAGCUUGAUCAAAGACAAUAGCGAUUUAAAGAAAAAUGUGGACAGAAUAUUAUGCAAUUCUACGAUAUUAUUAAAAUCAACCCAUUGGAAUAAAUACAAAUUAUUGAUAAAAAUUACUGACACAAUUGUUGGUUCUGCAGUACCCUCUGAAAAAGCAGAUGAUGUUUUUCUUAUCCAAAUGGAAAAAUUGAGGGAAAAGGAAUUAAUGUUACAGAAAAAAGAAAAGCUGUUACAAGAAAGAGAGCAUAGAAUAUCUAUUAAAGAAAAUAAAUUGGCUGUAUUGGAACUUACACUGAAAAAUAAUAUUAAAAAAGCAAAUGAAGAAUUAGUAAAACAUGAUCAAACAUUGAAAUGCAACUUUAAAAAAAUGAGUUCCAUUAUUGAGAGAACAAAUGGUGUUACAGAAAACUUGGAUGUGAGCUAUGUAAGUUGUGGGGAUUCGACAAUAGUUCCUACAAGCAAAAAACUUGAUACCAACGAUAUAAUUAAACCUGCUUUAUUCACAAGAACAUUAUCUGAAAAACGUAUAAAAUUUAAAGGACACAGUCCCUUGAAAGACAUUGAUUUUAACAGAAGAAAAACUGUUAGAUACCCAAAAAUUCAGAAAGGGGCGAAUAUGAAAAUUACUGAUAAUGAAUGGAUAACUUGUUCUGAUGAUACAGAUAAGUCAUCUCUCACUUACCAUAAAAACGUUGGUAAACAGGGAAAACAAUUGUUUCAUACAUAUGAAAAUAAUGAAAAGGUGGUCAAUGAUAAUACCGAGAAACCCAGAAAAUGGACAGAGGAGAAUAAGAAACACGCCUUUGAAUUACUUAGGUUAAUGAAUGGUGAUAAUAAAGAGAAUAAUCCUUCUGAUGUUAAACAUACCUACUUGUAGACGUUAAUAAUCAAUUCCAGUUAUCUAAGGAAUAAUUUAUAAAAACAGAGUAUACCACGAUGAACUGAUUCGGCGUAUAUAUCAGAAACUACUGGUAAUAUAUUUCUGAAAAUAAGAAAAAUUAGUUUUACAAUUUUCCAAAUUUCUAAGGUCCAUGUAUUUUUUUUUCAAUCUUUAAAAUAUUUAAGAAAGUUAAAACUUUAUUUACUCGAAUUACAGUCACUGUUGAUCCAUGUUUCCAUAGAAAUAUUUUUUUUGUGAAAAACUGUCGAAGUUUUGGAAAAAUAUAAAUAAUUGGAAACCAUAAAGCUGCUCACUCAUUAGCAGUACCGAACUGGCUUGAAUCUUUAAACGUUACUAGGCAAACUGUAAGGCUUUUUUAAGUAAAAUACGUGUGAGUGUAGAGCACUCACCCAUGAUGACAUGGUCUGCAGUUUCUUUCUCAUUUUAAAUAGUCUUUUCGAUAUACUGGUCAUUAAUCGUCUUAUCCUUUACAUGUUGGAGGUGAAGUCACAGCACGGGAUCAAAUUGGGCUGUUAACUUUAGUGAAUCUAUAAAUUUGCUACUUGUCACACUCGAAUCUAAGUCAGAUGUUAACUUCUCUAUAUGAUUCCUGAAGGCCAAAUUGUGAAGUGCUAAAAAACUUACAAUAAGGUACUUACACUGUUUGAGAAAAAAAGUUUUGGGUAGUUCAUUAACAACUUUUAUUAUAAGUUUAUUUUCAAUUCUUUGAUCAAUAUUUAUAGGGAAAAAAUUAUUGAAAAUUCAAAAAUUGCGUGACGUCAUAGGUAUAAAAUAAACAAUGAACAUAUGAUACAAAGUAAAUACGACAAUUAUUCUCACGUUUAUUCUAAAAUAAGCGUUAUUAUUAAUAUUUGAUUAAUUUGAAAAAUGGUAUAUAAAUCGUGUUUUGUGCAAGGAUGUAAAAAUACCACGACUAAAACACUUAAUAAGGUUUUUUAUGAUGCCAAGAAAUUCGAAUAUACUACAAUAAAAAUGGUUUGAAAGUGUUGGUCGUUUUGACGACCUUGCGAGGUGUAAUUAUUUUUGUUUCCAAGAUCAUUUUAAUAUAAGUAAGAUUCAAAUUCAACUUAUUUUAAUAUUUUAUAGUAAUUAAGUUUAUUAUGCUUUCGAUUUUAAAGGUGAUUAUGUAAUAAUGUAAAAACUUAACCUAUGAAAAAUUUAUUCACUUUAUUCUUAUCUAUAGAAAAAAUUUUUAUUUAUACGUAACUAACAAAUAAAGACUGAAUUAUAACAGCACACGCUACGCUGCCGGCAACGAUAACCUCGUAAUCAUCAAGCAGACUACUUAAUGUUUUUAUUAAACCUAUGACGUCAAAACUGAAAACCAAUGAGUUUUUAAUUAAAUAUUUAGUAAUUAUUUUUUCAUUUUUUAUUAAAUAUGUUACUUUCUGACAUUAUUUCAUAUCAAGAACAAAAAAAAACUUUUUAAAAAACGAAAACUGCGUAACUCCAUUGAAUGCUUGAUAUCUUCCCUACGAUUUUACCAACACUUCUACACUUAUUGAAGUAUUAUUUCUAAUUCUUAGACUCUGAACUUACCUCUUAAGAUGAUUUUCCAAAAUUUAAAACUUUAUUUUCACGGUCAAACUACUGAAGAAAAACACAUAUGCACAUGUACAACCUGAAGGUAGUUGUUUUCUUUGAAAAUUAACCCGCUAUAUUUUGAAGAAACGGUUUAUUCUAGGUCAUAGAUAGUAAUAUCUUCCAUCAGAUGUCGCUAAAACCCCGUUUUCACCAAAAGGUGGAAUUACGCAUUUUGCUAGUUAAGCCGACGAUAUGAUAUUAUUUCAUAGGAGUUUAUCAUUUUUUUACAAUUGUUUUAUUAUCAAUGGGAUCUGUUCUCAUUUAUUAUACAUAAUAAAUUAUUAUACAUAAUACAUUUUAAGUACAAAUUCUAAUAUUUUUUAAGCGCUUAGAAAAUAUAAAUUAUAUAAUGUUAGACAUUUACCGUAAAUGUCCCAAUAGCUGCCCAAUAGGGCAGAUAGGUGGAGCAACAAAGCCCCGAAAGGGGCACUUUUGCAACUGUACACGCUAAAUAUGACGACGCUGUAACGUUGAAUACUUUCUUUGUAAGAGAGAGUUUGAAUCGCUGUAGGCGACCUGCGUUUACCGGUGUGUUUUCUAAUGAAACGGUGACCGAUUAUACAGUAGUCCUUUAAUCCGUACGUGCGACCUUCUCGUAGCGCUCUAAGAAAGCAACUGCAUAAAACCAAUAAAUUACUUGGCUUUUUAAUUUUUUCCGACACAAUAAGGUUGUCUUGGCACCAUGUACUUUUUGCAGCGGUUGAUACAUGAAUACCACUACGAACUGUUUCUAAUGCUUUCCGCAUGUCAUAUUCAGAAUAUCUUGAGAAUUUUUUCUUCUAUAUACAGUCACCAAAAUAUUAACAAUGAUUGUGAACCAUUUUUUUCUGUUUAAAAUGUCUGAAACAUGACUUGCCCCUGAAGCUAAUGUCUCUAAAGCUGACAAUGCUAAACAUCAAUUAUACUUAACGUAUUCUCUGGAGGCUUCAUGCAAUAUCUUUAUAUAACAAGUGCCCAAACUGUUCAAAGUUGAAAGAAAUUACUUUUAAAUCUUAAUACCAUAACUCACAUUGAAAGAAGUUUCUUGAUCAUCAAAUGUUAAAACUUGAGCCUAUGUGAAAUAAUUGUAUUUUGUAUUGUUGUUCUCUUAUAUAUUGAAAAAUUUUGCCAGCCACUGUGACAAUGUCAGCGACUAAAAUUUUUAUGAUAUAUAUAAUGCCCAACAAAGAUAAUGAUUUAAAAUUGAAAUUUAGAAUAGUUAUUUGUAGAUUUUUUUAAUUAUGUGAUUGUUGAAAUGAUGAAGACAUAUUGAUUAGAAUAUUUCAGUAUUACUGUGCAAUUUAAGAGUGACUUAAUUAAGCUUUUAUUAUAAAUAUAUCUUAGCGUUAAUGUAAAAUUGUGCAAUUGUUUCGUUUCUAAUAAUAAAUUUUUUUUAAGUAAAAUAAAAGUAUGAUGUUAUAAUUCUUUUAAAAUCUAGGUACAGCUUUAAGAAUUGUUUACCGUCUUUCAGUAUUAUUAAAAAAUGUGCAAUUACAGUGUAUGUU